AUGUCAACUCAGCCGGAGACCAAAGCCGACGCCGAAGCGCUCGUCCCUCUUUUCAAGCUGGAGAGAGUGCUCAACCAAGAUCAGAAUGGCAGGCGAAUCUCUCUCCUGGGCAACAUCGCCGACAAACCCGCGCUCAUCACGCUCGAGCGCGCCGCUCUCCCAACGGACCCGCACCUCGUCACUCUGCUGUUAGAGUCUCUGGGGGAAGUGACCAACCUCGGCGCCAACGACAUCUAUAGAUGGUAUAUGGCCAGUCGGGCGUCAAGGACAGAUAUGGCGGACACGACACGUACAAUUACAAGCAAGGAUGCGGCCGACCUCGACAAGAGAAGCAUCCCCGACGUGAAACUCAACCUCAUCUACCCCUGCACCCAGGCGCACAUCAAGAAAUACUCAGCCCAACGCAUCCGCAUGGUAACCGAGACGCCGGAAAUCUACGCGCAGCACAUCCGUCCGUACAUGGCGCGCCAGCGCGCCCCGCCCCGCCUCGACUGGAUCUUCAACAUCCUCGACGGGCGCACGGAGCAAGACGACAUCGUCGCGCGUGUCGACUGGGAUAACCCGUCCAACACGGGGUUCCUCCUCCUCCCGGAUCUGAACUGGGACCGGAGCGCCAUCGAGGGCAUGCACCUCCUGGCGCUGGUGCAGCGGCGCGAUAUCUGGUCCCUGCGGGACCUGCGGAAGAAGCACGUCCCCUGGCUGAAGGAGAUGAGGCGGCAGAUUGUGGGAGCCGCGGCGAAAGCAGUGGCGGCGGAAACACAACCACCAGACGUGGCGCCACUCGACGAGGACCAACUGAAAUGCUACAUCCACUACCAGCCGACGUACUACCACUUCCACGUCCACGUCGUGCACGCGAUGCUCGAGGCCGGGACGACGCAGAGCGUCGGCAAGGCGUUUGGGCUGGGCAACGUGAUUGCGCAGCUGGAGAGCAUGGCGGGCGGGGACGAGGCCGGGAUGCAUGACGUGGAUGUGCAUUAUUUCGUGGGCGAGGAGAGCGAGCUUUGGGGACGGUGUUUCGGGCGGUUGAAAAGGGGGGAGGCGGUGGAUUUGAAUGUGCAGGCGCAGGCAUAA